GUAUUGUACAUACUUUGUGUGGUUACACCUUAGAGUGUAUUCCGCAAUCAUUAAUACGCGCCUAGAUGAUCGCGUACCUAUGCGUACGCAUACGCGUUUGCGCAUAGUAAUUGUCAAAAGCAAAAGACAAAUAAAACAAACCGAGAGGUUCUCUUCUGAUCGAGUACUCCAACGAAUAACAAGUGUUUUAUUACAGCUCCCGAGUGAAACCCAAAAAUUCAAUUACCCUGUUCAACCAGGUCCAUCUCAAAUAUUAAUAUAUUCUGAUCAAUCCGGUUACCAAAGUGAACGUUUAAUUAGUUCUUGUGAACGGAACUCCGGAUUUAAUAGUGGCGACGAGGUAAAACUAAACGGUGGACGUUCUACCGUACGGGAGACGCGUGAUUUUGGCCUCCCCAAACACCAUCCACCAGCAGAUAGCAGGAGGAAAAUUUCAUCUCCGGCGGGCUGGUGAUUGAUUGAUUGCGGCGUCGACGCAACGGGGUUGCCGCAAAGGUAAAAAGUGAAUAGCCAUCUGCACAGUGGGAGCAAUCGUGCGGCGAUAUUGGGCUGUUUCGUUCUGCUGGAAGCAUUUCUGGUGCUGUUGCGUUUCGAAGGGUGGCGGUUUUCUUCCCGCCGGGUGACGACUGGUGCUUGGUUCGCUGGCAUUGUGGUAAGAGUAACGUCGAUCGGUGAGUAACAAAAACGUUUUUUUUUUCGACUUGUGUUUGAAGAUUAGACUGGUGCACAUUUUUCAAUUGCAUUGAUAAUUGUGACAUUGUUGAAAAGUUGUUGACGUAGGACUACGCAUAACUCAAUAUAAGUUCUAUUUUUCAAAGAAGUUUCUAAUAUUAAAAAAAUAAUUUGCAAUUAGUGUUGUGAACCUGUUUUUAAAGACUAAAUUUGUUUUUUUGCCUGAUUUUGGCAAAUAUGGCGUAUGUGUUAAAUCCUAAUAUUGAACCUUUCCGCAAAGGUCAAUCUUUUUCCUCUUGGAUUAAACGAUUAGGAUUUCAUUUUCGAGUCAACAAGGUCAAUGACGAUCAAAAGAAAGAUCAAAUGUUUCUGUUAGGUGGAGAUUACCUUUUUAGUAUGGCGGACAAAUUGUAUCCGACCGAAGAAAUGUUAGACGAAGUGUCUUAUGAAAUUUUAAUUCAAAAGCUUAAGGAAAAACUUGACAAAACUGAUUCAAUUCUACUACAAAGGUAUAAUUUUAGUAUGCAAGUUCAACAACCUGGGGAAACUGCAAGUGAUUUCAUUAUUUCGCUUAAAGUUUUGGCGGAGCAUUGUGAAUUUGGUGACCAAAAGAAUCGCCUUAUAGUUGAUCGUAUUCUUGUUGGUUUAAUUGAUAAUUCCCUUAAACAUAGACUUUUAACUGAAUAUAGUUCGAAAUUGACGUUAGCACAUGUUGAAAACAUUAUCGCUUCUUGGGAAAUGGCGGAUAUUCACACAAAAACUUUAAAGAACAAUGACAAUAUUGACUUAGUGGCUUCAAUUGAUAAUAGAUAUUCUUUUCAUGAUGGAAGACAAUUGCCUGAACGUGUGAUGACAAAAAGAUCCCAUGGUUUUUGUAGGGCAGUUAAUAGUCAUUUUGAUUUUCGAUCUGCAAAAGAUCGCCAUCACGCAGCAACAUCCAAAUUCCUGCAAGCUAGGCGUCGAUGUCCACCAUCUGGAACAAUCCAUAAGCGCAGAAGAAUGGAUGACACACGAUGGACAAUGGAUCAACCUAUCUGUGAUUAUUGCGGACGAAGAGGACACCUGCGAAGAAAGUGCUACAAACUCCAGGACGACUUGUGCGAAGAGGAAGUCAACUACAUUCCUGAGACGUUUACCGAUGAUGCAGAUGGACUGUCCGAGGAAGUUGAUAGGCUAAUGACCAUCGAUUGUGGUUCGGACGGUAGUGAUUCAGUUGAACUAGAGUGUAUGCAUGUUUCUUCCUUUGAGAAAAGUGAUCCCUGCCUACUGAAUGUCUCUAUUGAAGACAAUCCUGUACAAAUGGAGGUUGACAGUGGUUCCUCAGUUACAGUGAUGGACAAAAAUUCAUUUAAUUCUAAAUUUGACAUUCCUUUAUUGAAAAGCUCUAAACAACUUGUUGUGGUAAAUGGUUCCAGAUUAAAGGUGUCUGGCGAAGUGGAAGUUAAGGUUGAACAUAAUAACAAAAUUGCAAAAUUAAAUCUUUUAGUGAUUGAUUGUGAUUACCAGUUCAUUCCUUUAUUGGGAAGACCAUGGUUGGAUGAAUUUUGUCCCAACUGGAGAAUUUUUUUUGGUGAUUUGAUGCCAGUGAACAAUAUUUUGAAAAAUCAAAGCAAAACACUAAUUGCUGAUACAAAUCCAAACUUUUCUGACAUAGUUGUCAAGAUUUCGACUAAAACUGUAAAACAUUUUGAAUCAGACUUGAUUUUAACUCGUGAAGUGCCUGUUUUUAAACAUUUUUAUGACGUUCCCUUUUAUUUUCGGGAGAUUAUUUUCAAAUGUGAUAAUAGGUUUGAUACAAAGAAGUCAAUUAUUACAAUUAAUACAAGACCCCAAGCAACUGCUGAUAUUUUGGACAAUGUUAACAAACCGAUCAUUUCAACGAGUAAUUUGUUGAAUGCAGUGCUAGCCUCAAACAACAGUGUUGCCUUAAUGGGCAAUGCUGAUGUUUGCUUACGAUUUCGAUCAAAAGUGUCCUUGCCUACGAUAUAUGGUCGAGAACUGCAGAAAAGCUCUAUGUUUGAGAACAACUCACCGGUUAUUUUACUGGAUAUGGCAAAGCAGACGAAGCGUAAUACAUUUUUACUAAAGCUUUUAAACCUUUUACACCAUGGUUGGUACGCUGACAUUGAACAGUUUGGUGUUGCUUGUGGCCUUUGUGCAAGUUUGGCAAUACUUCCAAAUCUAAAUAUUAACAAACGCAAACCUUCCAAAACACCAUUUAAUGAGAAACACACAAUUGAUUUUCGCUUCAAGUACAGUGCCUUCUUAUUGUUGGUGAGGAGUUUCUCUAAAUGGGGGGAGGUAAAUGAUAUAAUAAAACCUUCAUCUAAAAUUGUUGAUUUUUUAAGAUUGCCGGACUUAUUGUCGGACGAUGGUAUCUCUUUCAACUCACAUUCUAUUCGCACAUGUAUUCAAACACAAAUAAUAAAGAAUUCUCCAUACAAUCCUGCUGAAAAUGGUCAGAAAAAUAGACUAGUAGAAACGGUAAAACAUUUGCUCGAGAAGUUUUUCUUGAUCCUAGGAACGAAUAAGUUGAGUAUUGAGAUCCAGAUAACUUUAUUGUUUAUUGGCUGUACAAUCAAUUGCGGGACACUGGAGGUUUAUUUUCCUUCCAUAGAGGUAUUUGUUUGCAAAUUAGGGAUGUUGAUUUUGGUUAGCAACCAAAUCAAUUACAAGCUGCAUAUACAUGAAAAAUGCAAAGUAACAUCGUUUCUAAAAGGCUUUUCUAAAAACUCAUUACAGAUCGUGGUUGGUAAUAGAGCACAGGUCAUUGCUUAUCCAAAUCAAAUCAGAGUCGUCGAGACUUUGGAAACUGUGGAUGGACAAAGAAGUUCGGAUCAGCCAAACCAGUACAUGGAGGAUACCAAGACUGGUCGGUCAAUCCUGACUGUCGAACAACCCGUGAUGCCUUCCGUGAAGAACGAGAUCGAUGUCGGGCAAAUACCUGAUCGAGGAAUCCUGUCUGAAAUAAUAGAUUGUAAAGCUAGAAAAAGAAAACAUUUAUCAAUUAUGGUUAGGUUUACUGGCCUACCCAGGCUUUCGAGAAUAGUUAGUAUAACGAGAAUAAGAAAUGAUCUGAUUUGUGAAUAACUGUUCAUUCUGAUGUAAAGCUUCCCGAAGGGGGAAGGACUAAUGUGUAUUGUACAUACUUUGUGUGGUUACACCUUAGAGUGUAUUCCGCAAUCAUUAAUACGCGCCUAGAUGAUCGCGUACCUAUGCGUACGCAUACGCGUUUGCGCAUAGUAAUUGUCAAAAGCAAAAGACAAAUAAAACAAACCGAGAGGUUCUCUUCUGAUCGAGUACUCCAACGAAUAACAAGUGUUUUAUUACAGCUCCCGAGUGAAACCCAAAAAUUCAAUUACCCUGUUCAACCAGGUCCAUCUCAAAUAUUAAUAUAUUCUGAUCAAUCCGGUUACCAAAGUGAACGUUUAAUUAGUUCUUGUGAACGGAACUCCGGAUU